GAAAGAAUUAUAUAGAACACUUCGUCUUUGGGAGUACUAGGUAGGGACGAGUUGGCCAAAUCGCAGUCGCCGCUGAGGUUUCGCAGCAAAUAAGAGCAGCUGUUUGCGCGACUGAGCAUGAGCAUGAGCCAACAAUAGCAACAAACAUAGAAUUUGUGGAGAAAAGUGCAAACACAUAAAAGCAUACCUACUUGUUUGUACAUAUGUAUACAUAUAUUACAUACAUAUAUAUGUACAUACAUACAUAUAUGCUUGUACACAUAGAAAUGACUGAAGGCGACUAGAAAAAAAAUUGGUGAGCAAAUUGUGAAAGGCAGAGGCAUUACAACAAACGAGGCAAUGUGGUGAGUGUGCGCGCCCCUCUGCAUACACAAACCAACAUGUAUAUUUACAUAUUUACACACAACUAGUAUAGUUUCUUAUAUGAAAAGUAUGUAUUUAUGUACUUAAAUAUUUUGUAUUUGUGGAUAUGUGUGUGUUACACAUCGCCGCCGACAGUCGGCCCACGUUGUAUUUCUUCGGUAGAUACAAGAGCGCCAAGAGUUCACCCGGCCGUUCAGUAGUUCGUGAGAAGCCAACGUGACCGUUUGUCAUCCAACGCAGCAAAGCAGCCAAAAAUCUACAAGUAAGGAGUGCAAUUGUUGUAGCGUGUGCUAAGCAAAAAUAAAAAAAAUUAUAAUUUUUUUCAAGAGAAAAAACUCUAAGCAACAAGCUCAAGUGCUAAACGAAAUUAACAAACGAAAUUCAAUUACUGAAACUAAAAUUACAUAAAACUUUAGCGACGAAAAUUUCAUAAAUUUGUUGUAACGUGUGUGCGCGUUGAGCAGUUCGCAGCAAAUCGGCGGAAAAAAAAUCAAGCAAAGCGAAAAGUCUAAUAGAAAUUAGGAAAAUAUCUCUACACACUUUUGCUUGAACUUUGUUGCUUCGCCCCCUUCGCACGGAGGUUGCAGGAAAAGCAAGUAAAAACUAAAAGACGCACAAAAGACAUUGAGAAAAAAAAUUGUUUGAAAAAAAAAAAUUCAAAAAAAGUAUUAAAAAAAUAAUUUAAAAAAUAUAUACAAUAACAAAAAAACAAACGCACGCUUGUCAAAUUCAAAAGAAAACCGUUUUCUUCCCCCCAAGUGUCGUGUGAAAAAAUAAUGAUUAAAAGUUCUUCGUCCAUUAAAAAUUUGUGGUUGUCCAAAAGCGCCCAUUUAAAUGCAUUGCUCGUUAAUGGAUUUGUGAGUAAGCGUGUUAAAGCGACUGCUUUGAGUUUGGUCGAGAAUUUGGAUGAAUCGGCGAAUGGCAACGGUCUUAACGGCGGCAGCGGCAAAGAUAGCAAAGCGACGACAGCGUUGAAAGGCAAUAGUGGCGAGAACGAUACUAGCAACAACACUACCACCAAUUUAACCGAGGCGAAACAACAAACAUACUACAACAACACGGUGUGGUUAGAUGAUCGCAGCAAAUAUGGCCACACCGGCAAGGAGUUGCAAGAGAAAAUUGCCACAGAGAAACGCCUACGCGCCGCACCAUUGUUAAAUCUAGUGUUUGCCAAUCGGAAAUUGUCCUUUUACGAUACCAGCCACACUCCCGGCAGAGAUGACGGCAUGCGUCAUCGGGAGCAGGAGCAACGCAACGCCGAAGAUGUGCUCUUCGAUAUGUUCUACAACGAGGAGACCGGACUUAUAUCGAUGGGAAAAUUUUUGGCCGCCCUCAAGACCACCGGCAUUAGGCGCAGCGAUCCACGCAUACGUGAAUUGAUGGAGAAUUUGAAGAAGGUGCAUAAGUUGUCGAAUUAUGAGACUGGUUCGUCGGCGGAAACGCAAAAUUUGAAUCGUGAAACGUUUAAAGCCGUUGUAGCACAGAAUAUCGUCUUGAUCGCCAAGGCUUUCCGUCAACAAUUCAUCAUACCUGAUUUCGUGAGUUUCGUUAAGGAUGUCGAGGAUAUCUACUGGAAAUGUAAGACGAACGCCGAUGGCGCCGUAGCCAAUUACAUACCACAAUUGGCACGCUACAGUUCCGAUUCGUGGGGUGUUAGCAUCUGUACGAUCGACGGGCAACGUUACUCCAUUGGCGAUGUGGAUAUACCGUUCACUUUGCAGAGUUGCAGCAAACCGUUGACGUACGCCAUUGCCUUGGAGAAGCUGGGACCGAAGGUGGUGCAUUCGUAUGUGGGCCAAGAGCCAAGUGGUCGCAAUUUCAAUGAAUUGGUGUUGGAUCAUAACAACAAGCCACACAACCCUAUGAUCAAUGCGGGCGCGAUUCUAACCUGCUCACUGCUGCAGGCUUUGAUCAAACCAGAUAUGACGGCAGCUGAGAAAUUCGAUUACACACUGCAUUGGUUUAAACGCUUGUCGGGCGGGGAGAAUAUCGGUUUUAAUAAUGCCGUGUUCCUGUCGGAACGCGAGGCGGCCGAUCGUAAUUAUGCUUUGGGUUUUUACAUGCGUGAAAAUAAAUGCUAUCCGAAGCGUACGAAUCUCAAAGAGGUCAUGGACUUCUACUUCCAGUGCUGCUCUAUGGAGACCACCUGCGAAGCCAUGUCCGUGAUUGCCGCGACACUAGCUAACGGUGGCAUUUGCCCCACCACCGAAGAGAAAGUUUUGCGUCCCGAAGUCGUACGCGAUGUACUCUCCAUAAUGCAUUCGUGCGGCACCUAUGACUACUCCGGUCAGUUCGCCUUCAAAGUUGGCCUUCCCGCCAAAUCUGGUGUCUCCGGUGGCAUGAUGUUGGUCAUACCAAAUGUGAUGGGCAUAUUCACAUGGUCACCACCGCUCGACAAAUUGGGCAAUAGUGUACGUGGUGUGCAAUUCUGUGAAGAAUUAGUGAGCGCCUUCAAUUUCCAUCGUUAUGAUAAUCUCAAACAUGCAUCGGAUAAGAAGGAUCCACGUAAACAUCGUUACGAGACAAAGGGACUGUCAAUUGUGAAUUUGCUCUUCUCAGCGGCCAGCGGUGAUGUGACAGCAUUGAGACGUCAUCGACUCUCCGGCAUGGAUAUCACAUUGGCCGAUUAUGAUGGUAGAACGGCACUACAUUUAGCCGCCUCCGAAGGUCAUUUGGACUGUGUGAAAUUUUUAUUGGAGCACUGUCAAGUGCCACAUAAUCCAAAGGAUCGUUGGGGUAAUUUACCGAUUGAUGAAGCGGAAAAUUUCGGACAUCAUGCCAUUGUGGAUUACCUGAAAGAGUGGGCAGAGAAGGCUGAAGCGGCCGAAGCGCACACACCCGAAGCGAUUAUUAAGAAUACCGAAGCGGAUGAGGAAAUAAUUACUUCCAAUCAGAGCAUUAGCUCCGACUACGAUCGCAGCGCCACUGCUAGUCCAAUACCGUCGGAUGCAGGCAGCAGCAGCGGUAUUGAUGAUAAUACCAAACCUGGUUUAUAAACUCAGCAUAUGAACAUCACGCACACACGCACACACCUAUAGACUUAGAACCCAUCAAUUCGCAUCACAAAUACACAUAUACACAUACUUAAGACAAUGAUUUGUAAUGAUUCCUGGAGAAUCUCUUACGAAAUGUAAGCCUAUGUACCAAAAACAAAAGAAAACAGAAAAAACUCCGAGCUCCGUUCGGUAGACACUGCAAAUCUUCUAAGCUGCAUUAUGCAUAUUUUAAAAUAUUUCACUUAUUUACGAUACUUAAUUAUAGUUUAGUACUUUAGUUGUAGUUUUAGGUCCUCUGCAUCUCACAACUACUAGAAUUGAGAAGAAGAGUCUUCUAUUAUUUAGCCGUUACAAUGGCAUUAAUGUUUGUAUGUAGCAAAUAAGUACAGUUUUCUGUUAAAAUAUUGACCCAUAAGUAUUUACAUGCGUAUUGCUUUUUAGUUUAUUCAAAUAGUCUCAAUAUUAUGAGCGUUUCGCGAGUGAUUAUUGAGUGGCAAAUUGAGCUGCACUCGAUUGUGAGCUAUUUUAGAGCGCACAUUUUGCGAAUUUGCAUAGAAAAAUGUAUGUUUAAAAGUAAUUGUGCACAUUUUUUCACCCUACUUUAAAAGAAAGAAAAUUCUUAAAAAUUUGUGUAAAAGUUUUGUUAAAAUAUGCAUAUUUUCACUCAAUAUCUUCUUUAUGUGAGUGAUUACGACAGACUAAGUAUCUUGAUGUUUGACAAAUAAUAAAUACAUAAGUGAAGUGAC